AUUAUGUCGUAUAGUUAGCGAGUUAUUAAUUAAUUAGUGAUGGGACACACGGUGUCACUAUAGAGUCAUGAAUCGAAACCGCAUUUUCGAUCGAUAAGUCUUCGGUCUCCGACCGAUAUUCUCAUUAUUGUUAGUUGGUAAUUUUGAUUUGGAUUACCACCAUUAGAAGUCAGAAAUUCUGUCUCCAGUAUCAAUGAAAAUAUGCAACUUCACAGCCUUGGUCCUUUAUCUGCCAGCAUUUUUCUUUACCCUUUUAAAUAGAAAUUAUUCCGACAAUUGCCGGUUCAUUGCAUAUUCAAACUUUUUUUCAUUAUCUUGAUAUAUCAUGUAUUAUUAUAUAUCAUUAUCUGUUACUACAUCGCAUAGUUGCAAUAGUGUUUGUGAAAAUGCAGUAUAUUUUACUCUAUAUUGUUAAAAGUGUGCAAAUUUGUAAAUUUUGUAUUUUUUCAUUCUGAACUCUAGAUUUCGGCAUGGUUUUUUGUAUUAUCGUACUCCAUCCUAGUAUUGGACUUAAUGAAGCAUGACUUGUAGUAUUAAAAAAAUAGUUCAGGACUUGAAAUGAGCAGUAAUUUAUAAAUUAUAGUUGUAUUGCAAUGUUAUUUUGUUAAAAAAAUUUAAGAAUUUAUUUUUAAUAUUCUAUGCCUCCAUCUUGUCUUAAAAAACAAAUUGCAGAAUUAUAUCACAAUGUUAUCAGUGUUUAGAUUCUGCCAGUUCUACUCCAUUGCAUUUUUAACUCGGAAUAAAUUCAUCCACAGGUAUUUAAAAUUUCAGUUUUGUACCCAGUGAAGCGUGACCAUUCGGAAUAAUCGAGUUUAAACAACAUGGUGAUUAUUCUGUAUGGUUCCGGUUAUUUCGAUUUUAUCUUGCACAAUUGCAUUUGAUUUUAAAAGUAUUGCAAAUUCAAAUAAAAUUUGAGGGGUUCUUAAUCAUCACAGCAAUGAAACGGUCUGAUAGAAUCGAAAUGCAUUGAAGUUUGGUAUUACAGCAUACAAGAUACAUCGUUAAUAUUGCUACAGAUUGUUUAUUUUAUGAUGAUAUUUGUUUUUAAUAGUAAUAAAUGAUAUAAAAAUAACUCAAAAAUAUGGCGAGUGAAUUUCAAGAUGUUGAAAGUGCUCUGGAACAAAUGAAAGAUGAAGAUUUAUCAGAAGUAAAAAGGAUUUUAUAUGGGAAACCCUGCGACAAGCUAGAAAUUCCUGCCUCUGCUGUGUCAUCUGCAAAUGAGAAUGAUUAUGAAAUAGCUGGAUACGAGAUUCCGAGUGUAGGAAUGGAACAAGGUCGGCCUCCCAGACGUGUCAGGAUUGGUUUGAUUCAGAAUAAGAUUGUGAAACCAACUGAUGCUCCGAUAAAAGAACAGGUGACUGCACUUCAUGACAGAAUCAGUUUGAUGAUCAAGGCAGCUCAUGAUUGUGGUGUUAACAUCGUCGGACUUCAAGAGGCUUGGACGAUGCCAUUUGCUUUUUGUACUCGUGAAAAAUCACCUUGGACUGAAUUCGCUGAGUCAGCAGAAGAUGGGCCAACCACUAAGCUAUGCCAGGAGUUGGCAAAGAAUUAUAAUAUGGUGAUAAUAUCCCCGAUAUUGGAGCGGGAUUCUCUACAUUGUGGAGUUUUAUGGAAUACAGCCGUUGUUAUUUCGAACUCUGGGGAAGUUCUUGGUAAAACGAGGAAAAAUCAUAUCCCGAGAGUUGGAGACUUUAACGAGUCGACCUAUUACAUGGAGGGUGACACCGGCCACAGAGUUUUUCAAACAGCAUUUGGUAAAAUUGCUGUGAAUAUCUGCUAUGGGAGACAUCACCCUCUCAACUGGCUGAUGUUUGGACUAAAUGGAGCCGAGAUCGUAUUCAAUCCUUCAGCUACAGUCGGAGCAUUGUCGGAACCAAUGUGGCCGAUCGAAGCUCGUUGUGCCGCCAUUGCGAAUCAUUACUUUACAUGUGCGAUCAAUAGAGUUGGAUCGGAAACUUUUCCAAAUGAAUUUACUUCUGGGGAUGGAAAGAAGGCUCACAAGGAUUUUGGACAUUUCUAUGGCUCCAGUUAUGUUGCAUCACCAGAUGGCAGUAGAACUCCAGGAUUAUCUCGUACUCGUGAUGGACUUCUCGUGACCUCAGUCGACCUUAACUCUUGUCAACAGAUCGCUGAUAAAUGGGGAUUUAGGAUGACUGGCAGAUAUGAAAUGUAUGCUGACUCAUUGAAGAAAUACGCAAGUCAUGAUUUCAAGCCUGACAUUGUCAAAGAAAAAUAGAACCAGAAUCUUCCAACCAUCCAAAACAAAUCAGAAAGUUCGGAAACCAAUAAUUCAAACAAAUCACAGUACAGGUUGUAUCGUUAUCAUCAAGUCAUAUACCCAAAACUGUAUUAGGUGUUGUUUUAUUAUUAUUUUUAUCAUCGUUUUCUGGUUUGACGAAAAAAUAAAAUAUCUCUCCCUUGUCAGUAAUUGGAAAUCAUUGUUGAAUGACUCAAUUCAGAAUACUCUUUGGAUACAGCAUCUGCCGGAAUUCAUAUUUGGUGUGUUUCAACAAUCAUAUAUUAUUAUGUACAUUUCAUGUUCACUGUCAAUUGCCAAAGUUAUCACACAAUUGCACCAUAUUUUAAUUUGAAUACACUUGUCAUUGGUCAAUUCUAGCGAGACAAAACUUUAAAUAUGUAUGUUUCAUCGUGUCUUUGCCAAAUUUAUUACACAGUUGCUUUUUUCAUCAUAGUUCAAAUAUACAGGGUGUCCAUGACGUCGUCCCUUUACAGUUUCAAUUUUGUUAUGAAGUCAGUUCUCAAUAUAUCUUAACCAGAUUUGUUGUUCUUCUAAUCAGUAAUUGUUCAAGUAUUUUUACUUCAUUUAAUACAUCCGUGAGGGCCAAAAUGGUGUCGAUAUAUUCCCUUGCAAUAUUCGAAAUAUCAAUAAACAAUUCAUAACACAGGAACUUUUUUUCAUAAUUGUUCAUAUGGGCAUACUGGCCAUUGCUCUAGUCUACUUUGGCCAACCCUGUAAUAUGUUUUGUAUACUCUUGUGUGUCUAAAUUGCCAAAAUUAUUACACAAAUUGUGUUUUUAUCUUAGAAUUAUUCUGACAAAAUUUAAAAGUAUAUGUCAAGUCUCGCGCUCAUUUCAAAAAUAACUAUCU